AUGAAACGCGAAUUUCUCGUAAUAUUUUCAAUUUUUGUCUUAAUUUAUCAAACGCAAGCCCAUUGUGAGCCAAUUUGGUCCUUCAAUUGUCAUAAAAACGAAAAUUGGACUGAAUUAAAGGAUGACUUGCCACACAAAAAUGUCUUAAAAAAUGUUCAUAUCACUCGUGGAUCCCUUCCAAUCAUCUCUUUGGAGCGAGAUUUAUGCAAAUAUUCGAGCAUCGAGAAACUUUGGAUCGAAAAUGUGGGUUUGCAAUCGACGACAGCAACUGCUCUUGCGAAAUGUACCAACUUGAAAGUUUUUAAAGUCGUGGAAAAUGUCCUGCGAGCCGGAAUUCAUCGAGAUACGUUCAAACAAAAUUCAGGACUUGAAGAAAUUUGGCUCCAAUAUAACAAAAUUUCGAGUUUGCAGGAAGGAACUUUUAAUCAUUUGAGUAAUUUGCAAGUUUUGGAUUUAGGGGUAAAUGAAUUGCAAUAUUUUACGCCUGAUUUGGUUGAGGGAUUGAAAAAUUUGAAGCUUUUGGCAUUGUAUUCGAAUAAUAUUUUGGAGUUGGAUGGCGCAAAAAUCUAUAAAAAUUUGCCAGCUUUGGGUUAUGUUUAUUUCAACGAUAAUCCGCUAAAAUGUGGCGAUUUGGACAAAUUAAUUGACUCUUUUGGAUACGUUGUGGUUUCAACUCAUGCCGAUUUUGUCAUUGAAAGAGGUUAUAAAGUUGGGUAUCAUAGAGGAUUUGUAUGUCGAAAGGAAGAAAUUGAAAGAUUGGAAGAAACAACCACUGAAAUAAUUAAGGAAACAACUACAGAAAGUGUUCGAUAUGUAACUUCUGAAAGUUCAAAUCAACAAAACAUUCCUCCAGAAUUCGGACGAUCAGCAACACAAUAG